CCAACACACCUCUAAUUUCUAUACGCGACGCGACGAGACGAGGGAAGGCAAUUUUCGUGAAGUUGAAAAGCCCGUAAAAAAGUGCAAAAUAGUAACUAAAUUUAAGUGCAACGUGUAAAUAGAUAGAAAUCGGAUCGCGAUCAUAUUCCUAGCAGCGAUUAAUUCCAGAUUAUAAAGUGGAAAGUACGUGAAUAGGGCGAGAAAAGAAAACGCAAAAACGUGAGACUGUGUGCGUGCGAAGAGUUUUCCGUCUCCCUCGCACCAAAGUGGAGCGCACUCAAUUAUUUUGUGGAUGGAGUGGAACAACAACACCAAUAAUAAGAGCAACAAUAAAAACGACGUCACAGCAAUAGCAACAACAGCAAAUACAAAUGCAAGUGCAGAAAAUGUUGAGGAAAUCACAAAGAGAACGAAAAUCGAGAGAACAAUAGCGAAAGCGUUAGAAUGUAAUGCAAAUGCAAUCGAUGUAUUAAAAUUAAAUAGAGUACAAGUACAGCAAUUUCAUUGGAAAUUCAAAUUCGUGCGACAAAAGCGGACGAUUGCAGAAAUUUUCGAAACUUGGCAGCCAUAUUUACUACAAAAACAACGCCGUUGUAAAAAUACGUGACAAAACGCUUACACACACAUACACGCAGUCGGACACCCACACGCUCGCACAUAAAAGAGAGAGGGAGCGAGAGAGAGAGAGAGAGAGAGAAAGAGAGACGCGAACGUGAAUUAACAAACAAACAAAAAUAUUUUGCGAAAGGACAAACACAAAAUCAAUCCAACAAAGUGUAUUACAUAAGCAAACGGCGCAGAUAUCGAAAUAUUAUGGAAAUUGCACCACUGAUCAAUAACGCCGUCGCUGCCGUCACAGCCUCUGCCGCCGUCGCUGUCUCUGCCUCUGCCAACGUCACGCGCAGCAGCAGCAGCAAGGAGAAUGAUAACGUCAACAAUCUGGCGCUGCUCGCUUCGGUGACGUUACAAAAAGUGCUAAAUAUCAACAACAACAAUAACCAGCACUGCAAUAACAAAAACCGUAGCCACAGCAGCGAUAUCAAGCAAAGCGAGCAACAAAAACCACAGCAACCACAACGACGAUACCUCGAUAUUAAGAGCGAAUCCGAUGUAUUAAGCCAAUUGCUAAAAACUGGAGCAGUUUUCACCCCCACGCCCACAGCGCCCAUUGCCAUCGAGAGGAAGAAGCAGUCCCAGCAGCAGCAGCAACACCAAUAUGCACAACAGCAACAGCAACAUCAUCAUCAGCAGCAGCAAUGCAGCGCACAGAAGCAACGCCUCAACUCAUCCAUAUCAUCGACCCACUCAUCGACAUCAACGAACUCCUCCUACGGCAGCUCAUCCUCGGAAGAUGCUGCAGCUGCAUCUGCCACAUUAGCCACCACAACACCAAGAGCAAACACCACGAAGGCGUCCAGCAUUAAAUUGCCAGAGAAAUCGAAAAUUCCGUCCGAUAUACUUGAUGAUCUGGCCAGUCGGUUUAUAAUCAAUGUACCGGACAUGGAGCUAAAUAAUCUAAUUCGAAUGUGUUUUCAAAUCGAGCUGGCACACUGGUUCUAUUUGGAUUUUUUUUGUGCCCCCGAAACUGGCGAGGAUGGCGAGACCCCGAAGAGUGUCCAGCGAAAGCUGCCAACGGUGGGCAUCAAGCAGUUUGCCAUGCAGUUGUUCCAACACAUUCCCUUUCUGAACAAACACUUUGACACCGUGGAUCAAAUCCUCGACCAGUGGAAGAACUACAAGCUGUCGGUGCCCACAUAUGGAGCUAUUUUGGUGUCCGAGGAUCACAACCAUUGCUUGCUAGUGCAGUCCUAUUUUGCACGCAACUCCUGGGGAUUUCCUAAGGGCAAGAUCAACGAGAAUGAGGAUCCAGCUCAUUGCGCCACGAGAGAGGUCUAUGAGGAAACCGGGUUCGACAUUACGGACAUCAUCGAUGCCAACGACUACAUUGAGGCUUUUAUCAACUACCAGUACACGCGGCUGUACGUGGUGCGAAACAUACCGAUGGACACGCAGUUCGUGCCCCGCACCCGAAAUGAGAUCAAGUGCUGCGACUGGUUCCGCAUCGAUGCGCUGCCGGUGAACAAGAACGAUGCCAUAUCGAAGGCCAAGCUGGGCAAGAACUCCAAUUCAUUUUUCAUGAUCAUGCCGUUCGUGAAGCGCUUGAAGAAGUGGGUGAGCGAGCGGAAGGCUGGAAUUGAACCGCGUCGUCGCAAAUGCUCCGGCCAGCAAUCGCCAAAAGCGACCUCGCCCACCAACAUGAACGGGAGUUGCAAGAAGGACGUCGCCGGUGUGCGAAAUGAAUCACGACGUCAGAGACACAAGUCAAUGGGCGAUUUGGAUGGUGUCAAGUUAAAUAAUCUCAGUGGCAAGGUGGCAGCUGGACCAGGAGCGGGAUCGGCAGCUCCCGCCUCCGCCACCGCUGCCAUCAACUCCAUGAACAUUUGCAAUAGCAAUGGGAAACGCAAUAAACAAAACGCGGCUGCGGGCAGCAAUCAAACAACGCCACUAACAACAGCAAAAGCAGUGACGUCAAAUGGAGCCGUCGGAGGCGGCACAAUAUCCUCCAAGCGUCAACUGUUCCACAGCCAAAGUCAGAACGAUGCACAGCAAUCGGCAAGCAAUGAGAAGCAGAUUGUCAGCUCCUUUGAUUUAAUACGCAAGGAGAAGCAGCAACAACUUAAGGCAGCUAAGGCGCAGAAGCAACAGCAACAGCGAUUGCGCACCAAGUCCCAGAGUGAUAAGCAGUACAAUCCACAGCAGCCAGUGAAGAUCUUGGGACAACAGCAACCCACAACGGGCAUGGAUUUGAUAGCUAUGCUAUCGGCAGCGGCCGCAGCUCAAAAGACACCAAAGAAUGAGCAGCCAGCACAGCAGCAGCAGCAACCACGACCACGACCAGCUUCUGUGUCGCUUAACUUUGGAGCAGGAGGUGCCGCAGGUGCCACACCAUCUGCUCCGGACGCCCAGGACAUGCACAAGCUGCAGCGUAUGGCCUCGGGCACAAAUUUGAGAAUUUUGAAGCGAGCCCAAUCACAACAACCGCAGCAGUUGCAACUACAGCAGCAACAGCAGCAGUUGGGCGUUGACUUUACGCCAAAUUUCAAUUCGUGGACGAAUUUCUCCUUCACCAAGAACUUCAUAGCAAAUGUGUUUUGCUAAACUUCUCUUUGAGUCAAUAUCUUCCUUUCAAAAUUCUGAAUUAUUGCAUUUCCCAGCAAAAGACCAGGUUACCGGGGACACCGAAUAGUUUAGCAGGCUCUGUGGGCUUGACAGAACAGAAACUUUGGAGACUUGCUAGAAAAUGAAAGCAUGCCAACUGCAUUUAACAAGUUCAUUUGUUAUAAAACUAACACUACAACUACCAACACUAUAGACAACUAAUCAUGUCUAGUCCUAGGCUUUGGAGACUAUGUAUGAACGUAAAGUUUCCCGAUCUCUAAACUGGAGGUUUAACUUUUCCACACACAUAUUCUACGUUAGGGAACUGCAAGCAGCACACUUAAACUCAAAAAUUGAAUGCGAUCAAUUGAAUAAGACAUUUUUAAUACGAAAAAGAACAAGAUUUUCAUACCAAAAACCACAAGAAAAAGAAAAAUAACGAGAGUCUUCCGCUCAGCACAUGUAAAGUAAUAUUUUGUAAAAACACUACAAUCGCUGUUCGACUUUAAGACCCAAGUGAGACCGAACAGAUUGAGUAUAAUUAUGUUAGAAUCCUUCCUGUAUAAGCUAAAAAGUGUUUAUUGUGAGCCAAGUGAACCAAGCCUACUUCGAGCCGAGUGCUCGCCGUUUGAACGUAUUUUUAGACAAAACCAACAAACUAAAUCUAACUUAACUAAAGCGUAGCUUUAACCCGCCCCGAGUACAGAUCGUUGUGCUAAGAUUUCAAAGUCCAUCGUUGACUUUUUGCAAGGGCGACGAAACGCUUCUGCGGGGCGAGAAUUAAAUGAUAAACAAAUAAAGUUUCUGGGCCGUAUUACUUACUGCCCGCCCCCACCUAAGAAUGAUAGACGAGAGAGAUGUGUAAGAAAGAAUACAAAUAAUAACAAUGUAAAUAAUUAAAUUGUGAUAUAGUAUUUCUUAGCACAAUUGUGAUCUUAACAAACGGCUGGCAACUACAAAAACUUUUAUAAGCGAACCACAACACCAUUUUAAUCAAUCAAAAGGAAUGCCCCGCACACAAACUGUUCAAAAUUGAUACCCACUUUCCCACAAUCAGGGGCAAUAUCAGGCAUAUCUCAGCAGUAAAAUGUUUCGUCAAAAUAUUUUUGACAACUUGGGGAAAUGCGAAGCUAAAUAUGAGAAAACAAAACAUUUAACGAAUUUAAAUUAGUUUAAAAUUGAAUGCUUACAACGUCUUCAAUCAUAAAAAAUUUGUAUGAUAUACACGAAGAAAGGCAAAAGUAUAUGAGCGAUUUGUAAUUUAACGAAAACCAGAAGAGGAGUAUAUUUUUGUGAGCCAUUAGUGCGUAAGAAAGAGGAAGAGGAGCCUUUUAAGAAGUGUUAAGUCUUUUGAUAACUACGCGUAGAGGUCGUUGGGGUUCCCACCAGGCCGAGUUUCCUAUAAUUCGUAAGCAUGCCGCAACAUGUUAUCUAACUUCUCCAUCAAGCAUAGUCUCCAAUGUGUGAAACAGUUGCCUAUUAGCGUUUAUCUUUAGACUAAGCAAUGAUCAGCAAUGUCUCCAAGGUCAUAAUCCCAGAGCCUAUUAGUUUACAGCACUGAAAAUCAAAAGAAGUUUCCUGUAACUCGGUCUUUUGUGUACAAUUCGAUACUAGUUCUUUAAUCUUAACCACCAAAAACAAAACAAUUUGCAUUUGCUUUAAAUCUUUUACCAUUGACUUUUAAAGCUUUUUGAAAAGCCAUAUUAAUUUUUAUUUUAUAUGUUUACAUAACGAGCUGCAAAUUUGUUUUAAACAUUUCUCUUUUAAUUUGGAUUCGGAUUAUAUUUCAUUUUUAUCAAAAAACCUAUAGUUUAACCUUUUAUUUUUUGGAAACACUGCAAAAUCCGUUUCCAGCCGCCAUAGACAAAUGCCCAAGGGAAUUGACUAUAAUUUUGAUCAUUUUUGAUUUGUUACCUUCUUCCUUUAAUUCUAAAAAUAAACUUAAUUUCUUUGGACAUUUGUCUGGGCCAAGCAACAAACAAACAUCAAACUUAUUCAGCAAGCAAUGAAUAUCAAAUUACAAACAAGAACAGCAUUGUUAAAGCAGCAUGAAAACAACAAGGAAACCAAGAAUUAAAUAUUGUGAAAUUUUGUUGUACAAAAAUAAUCAAACACAAAAGCAAAGUCGAACAUUUUAAUUAUAAAACAGAGUCCAAUCAAACCGAUUACAUUUGAGGAAUUGCAAUCCUGUUUGACAAUUGACCCAAAUCCAACCCGAAAACAAUAUUAUAGUUUACAUUCAUCUUUGUGAAAACCAUAGACAUAGCGUUAAUUAACUUUAGUGAAGGGCUCCUGGAACAACAACCGACAACAUUAAGUUAAUUUAAGUGAACGUUGGAUGUGCGAGGACUUGAUAUACUGAAAUCUUGCCAACACCUGAAAGUCAUCACCGCCCGACGGUCCGAGUGAUCCGAAUACUCGCUCCAAGCUAAAUUUGCUAUGCAUUUUAACCAUUGUAUCCGAAAAUAAACCAAAAAGAAAUCUGCAAACACGUCCAAAACAAAAACUGAGGUAGUGUGUACACCAGAAUAGAUUUCCUGAAAAGAAAAUGGAUCCGACACGAAAUUUGAUCAAAACACUUCAAUAAUCCAAGUUAUUUAAUUAAGUAAUUAUAUUCUUGUGUACGCACCUCCUUCAAAAUCAUACGAUAUCAAAAAAAACAAUGUAGAAUUUAACGCCAAAACAACCAAAUACGAAAAACGAAGUUAACUCUCCAAUCAAGAACAAUUGUAACGUAAAAAGAUUACUAAAUAACUAAUUUGUGGCAAUAUAUAUUUCCAACAUUUUUUCCCCCAAAAUUCCGGCAAUAAAUUGAUGUACCAAGUUUUAA